CCUUCUAUAUACCUCCGCCUCCCAGUCUUCGUUUUUCCUUCUCCAAACUCCCAUAAAAUUUCAGCAGAAGGGAAAAAAACCCGCAAAUUCAUCGACAAAUGAAGCAAACAAAACCCUAAUCGGUACAGAGAGAGCCAAACAUCGCUGAUUUUCGCCUUUUUCUGUUGAUUUUCUGUUUUUUUUUUUAAUUAAUUAAUCGAAGAGGUUUAAUUGAAGAAAGUCGUUCGUCAUUGGUGUUUAUUUGGUGAAAAUUCGAUCGAGAUUUUGAUACUUUUGGUGAAAAGUGGAUUUAUAUUGUUAAAUUAAGGUGUAUAUAAAGGGAGGAUAGUGGUUUAUGUCAUGCGAUUGUCGCGUAGCGAGUCGGAUGAGAGGAGAAGGUUGGAUACGGAUACGAAGUUGGUUUAUUCUAGGACCAGGAAGAAACACAAAAGAUUAGAUGAAGUUUGUGAAGAAACGUAUAAUCAGAAUCAUAAUGUUGUUGAAAAAGUCGAAAACAGCGAGUGUAAUGGUGUGGAGGAGGGUGACGCUGAGGUUAGGAGGAGUUCUAGGGUUAGAAAAGCUCCUGUUGUGCUUGAUGCAUCGCCUCCUCCUCCGAGGAAGCGUCAGAAGAUUGAUAGGAGUGAAGGGAGCAGUGUUGGUAGGGUGGUGAAGGUGGAGUCACGUUGUUCGCCCUUUAAGGUUUUGGAAGAGGGGACGAGUGCUUGGGGGGUGAGAUUGAGAGCUAGGAGUAAGAGAACCAGUAAUAGAGUUAGGGGUAGUGUGAAGUCGUCGUCACCAGUGGGUAAGAGGAAGCUUUUUCAGGAUGUUGAUGGGGUGAAGGAAGAAAUGGAGUUGGAGGAAGAUCGUGAAUGUGAAAAAUCAACUAUAGUUAAGUCGAAGAGACCUGGAAGAGUAAAAGCGUCAAAUGUAAUGGUUACCGAGCAGCUAGAAAAUGAUACAGGUGGUUGUCUGGAGGAUGGUAAAAUGAUAAACGAGGAGGAGUUGUUGCAAGUGAGGGAUGAAACAGAUGACGACAUUUUGAUGACGGGAUCUAAGGAGGGAGUUGAGGAUGGCAAUGUGCCGUUGCCAUUAGAUGACAAAAACGAGGCUCAGUUAGCGACUUGUCUAGUGCCAGAAGAAUGCCACACGACUGACCGGGUGAGUGUGCUGGAGCAGGGUUUGGAAAGUAAAAAUGAACCAAGUGUUGGAGUGAAUGACCAAAAGGAAGCUGUGGAAGGUGGUUUACUUGCUAAUGGUGAAAAAGAUGGAGGCACAGAGAAGCAAGCUGAUGAUGGAGUUGCUUAUGCCCAGGAAAAAGAUGAAGGUGCUUCUGGUGAUAAAGCUCGGGAGUUGGAGAAGGUGGUCAAGAAAGAAUGUGCUUUUGAUAGUACUCUGAGAAAGCGGCGAAUACGAGAGGGAAGACGGUGUGGUUUGUGCGGAGGAGGUAACGAUGGUAAACCUCCAAAAAAGCUAGUUUUUGGAGCUGCCAGUGAUGAUGAAGCACACAGUGGAUCCUCUGCUUCUGAUGAACCUAACUAUGACAUGUGGGAUGGAUUUGGUGAUGAACCUGGCUGGGUUGGGCGCCUCUUGGGGCCCAUAAAUGAUCGUCAUGGUAUAGCUGGGAUUUGGGUUCAUCAGCAAUGUGCUGUAUGGAGUCCAGAGGUUUAUUUUGCUGGCUUGGGAUGCUUGAAAAAUGUUAGGGCAGCUCUCUGCAGGGGAAGGGUUUUAAAAUGCAGUCGCUGCGGACGGCCUGGGGCAACAAUUGGUUGCCGUGUUGAUAGAUGUCCAAAAACUUAUCACCUGCCUUGUGCACGGGCCAAUGGCUGCAUCUUUGACCAUCGCAAAUUUCUCAUUGCCUGUACAGAGCACCGACAUCUCUUCCAACCAUAUGGAAGUAAUUAUUUGCAGCGUAUAAAGAAAUUGAAAGCUAGAAAAAUGAAGUUUGAGCUGAGAAAGUUGUCAAAUGAUGCGUUGCGCAAGGAUGUUGAUGCAGAGGAAAAAUGGUUAGAGAACUGUGGAGAGGAUGAAGAGUUUUUGAAACGUGAAAGCAAGAGACUUCAUCGAGAUCUUUUGAGAAUUGCGCCUGUAUAUAUUGGAGGCUCAAAUUCCGAUGCUGGUAUACAGUUUCAGGGCUGGGACUCUGUUGCCGGGCUCCAAGAUGUCAUCCAAUGUAUGAAAGAGGUUGUCAUCUUACCACUUCUGUAUCCUGAGCUCUUCAGUUCUCUGGGACUUACACCUCCUAGAGGAGUUCUUUUGCAUGGAUAUCCCGGGACAGGUAAAACUUUGGUAGUACGGGCACUAAUUGGUUCAUGUGCACGUGGCGAUAAACGAAUAGCAUAUUUUGCCCGUAAAGGGGCAGAUUGUUUGGGAAAGUAUGUAGGGGACGCUGAGCGUCAGCUAAGACUUCUAUUUCAGGUAGCUGAGAAAUCUCAACCUUCUGUCAUUUUCUUCGAUGAAAUAGAUGGUUUGGCACCUUGUCGUGGUAGGCAACAAGAUCAGACUCAUAGUUCAGUUGUGUCCACUUUGCUUGCUCUAAUGGAUGGUUUAAAAUCUAGAGGUUCAGUUGUUGUAAUAGGUGCCACAAAUCGUCCUGAUGCUGUUGAUCCAGCAUUAAGACGUCCUGGUAGGUUUGAUCGUGAGAUUUAUUUUCCACUUCCAUCUGCGAAGGACAGAGAAUCUAUUCUCUCAUUGCAUACAAAGAAAUGGCCUAAGCCAGUGUCUGGACCAGUACUCAAGUGGAUAGCUAGAAAGACGGUGGGCUUUGCUGGAGCUGAUUUGCAGGCUCUGUGUACUCAGGCAGCCAUAAUCGCUUUAAAAAGGGGCUUUCCCUUGCAUAAGCGACUCUCUGCAGUUGUGAAGGUGCCUAAUGCUGCAUGCCCCCCUCUUCCUAAUUUUAAGGUGGAGGAGAGGGAUUGGGUAGAGGCGCUUACAUGUGCACCACCCCCAUGUUCACGUAGAGAAGCUGGAAUGGCUGCAAACGACGUGGUUUCGGCACCUCUACACACCUUUCUUGCUCCAUGUCUGCUGCAACCCCUUAGUAGAUUGCUUGUGUCCCUUUAUCUGGAUGAACGCCUCUGGUUGCCGCCCCUACUCUUCAAAGCUGCUGAAUUUGUAAAAGGUGUUAUUCUUUCUGCAAUUGUUGAGAAGAAAUUACCAAGCAAUAAUUGGCAGUCCUAUGUUAAUGAUUUGCUUCAAGAACCAAAUGUUAUCAGUCAGAUUGAGAAUCACUUUAUCCGUGCCAACAUUUUGGUUGGAGAUGCUAAUAUUGGUGGUUUUGAUGCUGUUGAUAAUGACAUUGCUCAUGAUCUCUCUAAUUCUCAACCAUCAAAAUUGCAGUGGGCAGGGGCUCGGCCUAAAUUGUUGAAGGAGAUCUUUCAUAUGCCAGGAAAGAUAUCAGGAUUUAGAAUACUAAUUUCUGGAAAUCCAAGAUCCGGCCAGAGGCAUCUUGCUUCCUCUCUUCUUCAUUGUUUUGUUGGUAAUGUUGAUGUGCAGAAGCUGGAUUUGGCUACUGUUUCUCAAGAAGGACGUGGAGAUGUCAUUCAGGGGUUGACACAGAUACUGAUGAGAUGUGCAAGUGUGGGGAAGUGCAUGAUGUUUAUGCCAAGAGUUGACUUAUGGGCCAUGGAGGCAUCUGAUCAAGAGGAUGGUUGUACUUUGGAAAACCCUGAAUCGUUAGGCAAGGAUGAGGAAAGCAACUUUAACCACAGUGCUGACCAGGCUGGAGAUGCUCCCAAAAGAGCCUCAUAUCUGUGGAGCUCCUUUGUUGAGCAAGUGGAAACUAUAUGCGUGACCACAUCUGUGAUGCUUCUGGCUACAUCUGAUGUACCAUUGGAAGCACUCCCUGUUAGAGUGAGGCAGUUCUUUAAAAGUCGGUCAUUGAACGGAAGUAUCCCAUUUCCCUUGGAGGGUUCCGUUUCCCAAUUUACUGAGCAGCUUGAUAGAAAUUUUGAUCAAGAAUGUCUAAUUGAUUCCUCAGCUGCAAAGUUGUCUAAAGAUUUAGCUCAGCACUUCAUUCAGCUGAUUCAUCGUACAAACCAUGUCCACUUGCACACAUGCAAUGAUGAAGCUAGUGAUAAAUCUGAGGGCGAUGUUGCCACAGAAUAUCAGAGGUCAGAUCUUAGAUCAACCAUUGAUCAUGUGAAUAAACAAUGCUCGCUUCCUACUUCUGCGCUAGUUAGCAGUAGAAACAUAAAAGGGAAAUCAAGUUUGAUGUUAGCAAUUACCACAUUUGGCUAUCAAAUUCUGCGAUAUCCUCAUUUUGCUGAACUUUGCUGGUUUACAUCCAAGUUAAGAGAAGGUCCUUGUGCUGACAUAAAUGGACCUUGGAAGGGCUGGCCAUUCAAUUCUUGUGUUAUUUGUCCGAUAAACUCAAUGCGAAAUAUUACCCUUUCAUCCAACAAUAAUAAAGCCAAAGAGAAAUACUGUAUGGUGCGAGGUCUGAUAGCUAUUGGAUUGUUGGCAUACAGAGGCAAAUACUCCUCCAUCAGAGAAAUUUCUUCAGAGGUUCGAAAAGUUCUUGAGCUUCUGGUUGAACAGAUCAAUGAUAAAAUUCAGAAUGGGAGGGAUAGGUAUCAAUUUGUUCGUCUUUUAUCCCAAGUUGCUUAUCUCGAUGACAUGGUUAAUAGCUGGGUUUAUACAUUGCAGAGUUCAGGGGGGGACUCUCAACUUGCAGAGGCUUACCCAAAAAUUGGUGGUGGUGGACUUCCAGAGACCAUUAAUGCUCCUGAGAAUACACCUCUAAGGGAGGGAGGUUGCGAGCUAGAAGUAUCCCUUGACAAACCGGAGACACUGGAAACACGUCAGCCAGAGUUAACUGCUGAAAAUUGUGGGCAUGUUAAUCCAGAAGCAAAUGGUGUUUCUAGUUUUCCAGAUAUUGGAGCUGCAGAAAAUGAGCCUCCCCACUUGGCGGCUGUAAACCAUUCUGCCCCUCCUUGGCAAGUUACCCGUUCUAUGCAUAGUGUUCUUAAUCAUAAUUCAUGCAUGCCAAAUGAUGCUGACAAACAUUUAGAAAGUAUUGGAGAUCGUGUAUCUAAGAUACAUUCUAAUGGGCUCAUGGAGUUAAAUAUCGAUGAUGUUCAAGAGGAUGGUAGUAAUUAUUCCAAGGACAGGUGUGGCAUUGAGCAUUCUAAUUAUAGUAUGAGUUCCAACACAAAUGGCAGAUUGUGCACUCUAAACAACCUUCAAAUUGGAGAUAGCAACCGAAAGUCUGUUGGCAAUAGCAUAGGUCUUGAAUGUUCAAAUAUACCUUCCGAUCUUUCUACUGAUUCUAGCAUAGUGUGUUUAUAUCGGUGUUGUCCUCUGUGCCUGCUGAACCUUCAGCGCACCUUGAAAAAAAUGCUCUCCCGCGAGUGGGGAUUUCAAAAGGUCGAGUUUACAAUAGAGGAUGCUUAUGACUUUCUGGCCUCAUUUGCUGCAAACCUUCAUUCAGCUUUGAGGACAUUGUUGCUGGGUGAAGAUUCAACUUCGUUUGAUGAGAAGCUAAUACAAGAAAGGUACAGUGAAUACUUUGGAUGCAAAACUAAUUUGUGUGAAUGUAGAAACUUAGAGAACAGGUUUAUCAAGCUGAGAGAGUGCAACUGCCAUUUGAAAAGCAGGGUCCGAACUGAGAAGCGCAAGUCUUCUGAGAAUUUGACUCUGGAGUUUAUAUUUAGAGAUGGUGUACUGACCAAUUUAGAAGAGAAGGAUGUUUCUACUCAUUGUAAAUUUGAAACUUUAUGCCUUUGUUCUCUUGUAGACUGGAUGGUAAUGAGAAAGAAGCCACUUGAUUGAUUGGCGUAUGCCGGAAUUUUUUUAUUUGUCUCCGGAGUAAUAGAGUGGAAGUUGAACUACGAGGUGUAAAGAUCAAAAUUUUGGUUUUCUAUUUUAGUUUGAUUUCUUGUA